AUGGACUGCCAACUGGAUCAGGUUAUAAUACACCAGAUUCUUUUGUCCCUACGGUCGACAGUCUUGCGGAGACUCACUGCGCUAUUCAAGAAGAACGUAAUCAGCAAUUGGUUCACCAUACACCUCUGUACUUUCAUUCUACUGAACAAUUAUGAGCUGGCAACAUCCCACGAUCGGAGUUUCGCUAUCAGGCACAAUCUGAGUGCUUACUACUCCAACUAUCCCCUCCUGGAAGGUUUUCACGCAGGAGCUAAGACUUUGCUUGCUUAUUUUCACUUUAUAUGCAAAGGAUCACAACCAUUUGCGUUGAACUGGUCCCUGGAAGAAGACGUUGGGUUUGCCCGAUUCGACCAGGAACAAGUCGAGUUUAUGCAGUUUAUUUCGGAUGAAGUGAGGAAAAGUGGCGAAACCUUCAAGCAAUUGAAGAACAGCAAACAAUACGAAAAAAACCUUUACCUGGUUUCUCAAAUGUAUGAGCCUGAGUGGACAACCAGCAACACGUUGUAGAGAGAACCUAUUUGAUGUCUAUUUUUGGCACUCCGGU